UUUGCGAACAAGGCGCCCGUCCUACUAAAACAACAGUGCGUUCGGAGUUCGGUUUGUUUCUAGUUCCGUCUCAUUGAAUAUGUUAUGAAAGCGUGUGAAAGCUCCAAAAUGUUGACUGCCGGGACGCGAAAUCGUUUUACAAGGGAGCAAACUAGAGUAUUAUUACGUGAAGUCCAUGCCCGGCGAUUCUCCAUCUACGGUUCAGCAACAAGACCAUUCCGUGUUGCCAUUACUCGGUUAGCUUGGGAGCAAGUGGCAGAUCGAGUGAGCUCUAGUGCCAUUGGGCUUCGCAAAACACCUGAACAGUGUAGAAAGCGAAUAAAUGAUUUCAGACGGAGACAAGGAAUACGAAUUUUUGAAAACAGAUUCCCCAAACCACUGUCUGCUUCCUCAGUUAAAAUUGAGAAUGCAGAACAUCAGAUCGGAGAUGUUGAUAAUAAAGAAGAGGCAGCUGGCCAGUCCCAGGCUGGAACACCAGAACAUACUGAUCCAACCCAUCAGUCUUCAUUCCAGACCUCUUAUGUCAACACACCUCAGAUGAAGCAGUCUCUGGGUCAGGGACAGCUCCUCCAAGCCCAAGUCCCUCUGAAUAAUCUCCAGCCCCUUAUCCAUGUCCAGUCCGCUCCCCAGGACUUUUCAGCCCUUUGCCAGGUGCACCAGCAGGGCUACGACAUGCUGCACAAGGAGAUAACAAACACUAAAAACAGUAUGGAAGAAAUGCUGCAUCCUAUGUUGUCAUCAAUCAACCGCAGCCUGGAGAGGCUGGCGGGCGCCUUAGAACGUCUCUCAGGGCAUGGGGACUCACUAAUACAUAACAUCAGUCCCGUUACUCUGACACACAAAGACUGAAAUUGAUUAGGCAGGUUGCAUGUUUGCGAUGGUUUACUUUUGUAAAAAACAGUUCCCUCCAGUAACAUUUCAAGUUGAUAAAAAAAUUGCCAUGAUAUGUUAACUAUAUGAUGAAUUAAUGAUUGCAUGUGCAUAUUAAAGACUGCCUUUAUAACAGUGGUGAAAUUUAGCACAUUUUUCAACCUAAUCAAUCCUUUAUUGUGUUCACACAGAAGCUUUUUCGAACACAAUCGGAUUGGUUUUACUGCAGCUGUCUUAUGAAAACAUUUAACUUUAGUCUUCUGUACCCCUUACAGGAAGUUAUCACGUUUAGAAUUACACAUGUGGAUGUAGGAGCGAAGUUAAUUUGGAGUAGUCAAUAUUUCUUAUAUAAAGCCAUUUUUACAUCAACAAUGUGGCAAAGUGCUUUUACGGAUUCCAAGUCAGUUAGUUACUGCGCAUGACUGGUCUCAACUGCGCAAUCGCGUUUGUGGUUGCUACUGGUGGCCUGCCCUACUAUCCUAAAUUGUUUUGGAAUACCUCAGCUGGGUCUGCUACUUUUAUUUAAAAAAAAAAAUAUCAGUAAACGGUCUGGAAUAGUAGAACCAUUGGCAUUUUUAGAAAGGCAUUUUAAAUCCAUUAGUAUGUGAACACAGAACGAUAGAUAGUGUAUUUCCGUUAUUUUUACAUUUAGCGUUUGCGCUUCGUUUAUGGUAUUGCUCUGAUAGAAUAUGGAUUCCGAGCAGGAGAGCAGCGAUGGUUUUUUAUAUUUGGAUGCAAGGCCACAGAUUGAGAUGUUUCACCUGGAAAGACAACGAAAGCAUCGUUUUAAUGAAGAAGAACUUGAUAUACUGUUGCGCGAAGUGCAAGCUCGACAACCUGGCCCUGGCUACAAGAGAGUAGCGCAGGCCGCAUGGGAAGAUAUUGCGACAAAGGUGAGCUCUUCGUCUUCUGGAUACCUAAGAACUGGGAUACAAUGUAAAAAGCGAUACAGUGAUCUAAUGCGCAGGCAACCCAAUAAUAUCAAGAGGAUUCGGAGGGUUAAGCCGAACAGAGUAACUAAACAGACACUUCGCCAUCCACCAGGAGAGCAUCAUGAUGUCACGGUGAAAACAGAAGGCUUUAAAACUGAGUUUGUGGAUACCGAGUUGAACGGUGAAGGACCCAUUGGCCCGUUAGGAGGUGAUAUUUAUGAGUUUCAGAAUGAAGUUGGUUCCAGAUUCCCGGGAGUAGCGCUGGACAGUCCCCGAAAUACCUACCUAGUAGAUGGUGAACAGACUCUGGACACUGCUGUUUGGUCUGAGGCUAAUGGAGUCCUUCCUCCCAUAACUGCCCCUACCCACUGGCCUUUACACCAAACCAACCUUCAGCCUCGGGUGAACAUAGUCAGAUUGAACCUUGAACCCUGUUCCCAGGUCCACACACCACCAUUUACGAGAGGCAUCCGCAUCCCUAAGUUUGGGGGUGCCCAAGGACCCCAUGCCGAUACAUUCCCAGUCACUGUCCAACCACGAGAUAACGCUCCAUUUUACGAAAAUGUGCCACACUUGGUGCCCCAGUCACAGAAGGAAACAGUACCCCAAGGCAACCAAUCACAGGCCAAUAUUUCCCAAGUCAACCAAUCAAAGGCCUAUCUACCUCAAUCUAACCAGCCACAAGCAUAUGUGCAGCCUCAAGUAAACCAAGCUACGGUCCACAUCCCUCAGAUUGAUGUACAGCCACACAUCCAUGUUCAGUCUCCACCACAUGACCUGACCGCACUGGUCCAGCUCCAUCACCGAGGUUACAACAUGUUACAGAGGGAGCUGGUCAGUAUGAGGAGCAGCAUGGAGACAGUGUUGCAGCCCCUGCUGUCAUCUAUCAGUACCAACCUGGAGAGACUGGUUAACGCUGUUGAACACCUUUCUGGGGUUCAGAGCAAACCACAGACCAAUGGGGGUGUCCGUGAUCGCGAUUCUUCCCCAAAUGACCUUCAUGGGUUACGUUCACAGUCUAUCUGAGAGUGGGGGUUGUGUUUAGGUGGAGGCAGAGUUUCUGUCUUAAGACUAUUUGAAUGUCUAUUUUGAUUGUGUUCUGAAGCAUUCUGCAGUUUGUGUUGUGAAUCUUUCUACUCUAACCAUUGGAAUUAAGUUCCGCUGAGAUAUGAUUAUUCGUUUUUUAAUAAUCAUUGUUCAGUGUGUCAAGGUGCCUAACCCUCCAUGGUCCUCCAGUUGAGUUCCUAAUUAAAGGUGUUCUCCAAAAAGUA